AUGACCGCGGUACUUGUACCAUGGUCCGUGAAAACCGCUCUGCAGAAUCUGAAGCGCUUUUCAACGUGCGAUAUCGGCGAUGCUCUCGUCAAGUUGAAGUACCCUCGAGGGGGCUUUCUCAGCGGACUGCAAAUGUUCUCCCCGGGAGGCGACACCAAAAUAUGCGGCCCUGCCAUUACAGUGAAGAUGGUUGAGACUAACAGCCCGGGGCCGACUCUGCCAGUGCACUUUGCCGAUGCGAACAAAGAGGACCACAUCAUCGAGCACCAAGAGAUGGCGUUCCCGGUCUUUGCGCGCGGAACAUCCGUCCUAGGAUCAAAUACCUUCACCCGAUCGUCCGAAAUCAAUGUGCCCGUACAAUUUCAUGGUGACCUCUGGAUCCAUCCCAAUGACGUCCUGGUCGGGAAUCAAAACGGGGUCGUGGUAGUGCCCCCCUCGUUGAUGGAACAAGUAGUCGUGCUUUGCCAGGAACGGUUCGAAAUUGACGAGAAGACAUUUGCAGCCCUGCGCGCAGGCGAGCCGAUGGGACCAACCAUUAAGCGGCUGCGCAAGUGA